UGGCACAUGGCUUGUGCAAUCCACCUUAUCAUUUUAAUGCACAUUUGGACCAUAGUUGUUGCUACAAGCAAUGACUUGAUCACAUUGAGACCCAAGUUCUCAUCCAUUCUAGUCUUUGGAGAUUCAACUGUAGACACAGGCAACAACAACUUCAUCAAAACUUUGGCUAAGGGAAACCAUUUCCCUUAUGGCAUGGAUUUCCCUGGCCAUGUUCCCACUGGCAGAUUCUCCAAUGGAAAAUUAGCCAUUGAUUUUAUUGCCUCUACAUUGAACCUCAAAGACACUGUCCCUCCAUUCCUAGACCCAAACCUUUCAAAUGAAGAGCUUCUAACAGGUGUUAGCUUUGCAUCUGGAGGGUCAGGUUUUGAUGAUUUGACCACAAUUCUAUUAGGGGCCAUACCUGUGUCCAAGCAAAUUGAGUACUUCAAAGGUUAUGUAGCAAAGCUCAAAAGCAUUGCAGGGGAAAAUGAAACUAGGAAAAUAGUUGGAGAUGCUCUGGUUAUUGUUAGUGCUGGAACUAAUGACUUCCUUUUCAAUUUUUAUGACAUUCCCACUAGAAAGUUGGAGUUCAACAUUACUGGAUAUCAAGAUUAUAUUCAGAGUAGGCUUCAAAUCUUCAUUAAGGAACUAUAUGACCUUGGAUGCAGAAAAUUUGUUGUGACGGGACUUACUCCUAUUGGUUGCAUACCCCUUCAAAUAACAGCAAAGUUUUUAACUUCAAAGGAUAGAAACUGUGUAGAGGAUGAGAAUGUAGAUGCCAAGUUCUACAACCAAAAAUUGGCAAGGCGAUCACUUCAAAUACAAGCAAUGCUUCCACGAAGCAGAGUUGUUUAUGCAGACAUAUAUGACCCCUUGAUCAACCUUCUCAAUCAACCUGAAAAAUAUGGUUUCAAAGAAACUAAUAAAGGGUGUUGCGGAACUGGCUUAUUCGAAGUAACUCCUUUAUGUAAUGAACUCACACGUGUAUGUGACGAUGCUUCCAAAUAUGUAUUUUGGGAUAGUGUUCAUCCAACUGAAGCAGCCUAUAAGUAUUUUGCUAAGUAUCUAGAAAUGGAAAUCCUGUCCAAGUUUUAAUUUAGAGCAAUGUUGAUGUAGAUCAAAAUCAUGUGAAUAUGUGAUUAGAUUAAGAGGGUCACAUAUAAUUCAAUGGAUCCCAAUUAAUUUCAACAAAUAAAAUAAAUGUGCUGAAUGUUAUGAAAUAUAUGGAUGCCCAUCAGAGUUAA